ACUCACAGAUCUAAAAGUUUAUUGUAUAACUCACAAAAUAAACUUCCUCCACUUACUCAUCCUCUCCAAUAGUUUUCUCCACACCCACUAAUAGCAAAGCUCAUAUCUCCCCAACAAUGGCAGCACAUCCACUAUCCUUCUCACUCUCACUUCCCUCUUCAAAAUUACUUCACCACAACACCACCACCACCAUCACCUUCUCAAUUAAACCCAUCCAUCUCAAAAAACCCACCAUUUUCAAGAAACUCAAGACCUUCACUGUCCCAAUAAAAGCCAUACAAGAUUCCAACCAAAACAACACCUCAUCAGAAACAGACCAAAACCCACCACCAGAAAACAACAAAAUCACCGGAGGAGAUGAUGAUGACGUGGCGUUGUCGGAUGUGGGGUCAGAGAUAAAGAAGUUGAUGAAAGAAAGAGAAGAAAAAGAACCUGAUUUUUGGAGUGGAGUGGUUGAAGAGAUAAGGGAAAUUGAAUGGCCAGUUUUUGGUAAAGUGUUGAGUACUACUGGUGUUGUGAUUGGGGUUAUUGCUGGAUCAAGUGUUGUUUUGCUUACUCUUAAUGCUGUUUUAGCUGAACUUUCUGAUCAAGUUUUUGCUGGUAAAGGUGUACAAGAUUUUUUUGGUUGAUAAGGGGCUCUUUUCUUUUUGUGUAUUUUACUGAAUUUUUUUUCCCUUUUCUUUUUUCCUGUAAUAAUUUUCAACAAUUUUUUCACUUUGCUGAAAGUUGAAAUUAUUUUUUCUUUAAUGAUAAUGUUAACUCCAUUUCCCGAUU